AUGGCAUCUGAUGAAAAAGUGAAAUCGGAGAUGAUGGAGGUUUCAGUUGAAGAGGAGCCACUAGACAUUGCUGAGAAUAGCAUUUCUUUGGAAAAGGCUGCAAUUGAACGGAAGCAGAAGUUGAGAGAAAUGCGUGAUCGAGUGCUAGAAAAAGAGGAUGCAGAAUCUGAAUCAUCUAAUAAGAUGAAACUUACAUUUCGCAACUAUGAACCGCAAAGUGAUAUAGGUGAUAAGAAUGAUGGUGUAGACUUAUUUACUGUUGAAAAGGAAAUUGCGGAUCACUUUGUUGAGACUCACGACACUUCGGUUGUGGAAAAAAUCGAUAUCACGACGUUAGCACCUCGAAAGAUUGACUGGGAUCUGAAACGUGAUGUUGCAGCAAAGUUAGAAAAAUUGGAACGAAGAACAGAACGUGCAAUUGCUCAGCUUAUCCGUGACCGUUUAAAGUUAGGAACGACUGAGUUGACCGAUGCAGUUAGCUCCGGUGCUUACUGCGGGCUUGACGCUGAUGAUUAA